UUACAUAAUAUAAAAGUGAAACUUCAAUGUAGUCAUGGAAGUAAUAAAGAUAAAAAUUGAACCAUUUCCUGAUGAGAAGCAGGAUGCUUUGUUGAAUAUCAAAUUGAUGAAAAAGGAAGAUGAAACUAUCACAAUAACUAGUAAUCCAGGAAAAGCUGAUUCCUUGGAAGAAAGUUCUCUACAUACAAUUUUGAAGUUUGAUGUAACAAAAGAUGAGCAAGAAGAAAAGUAUGAUGGAGCAUCAGAGAAAAAUGAGAACAUAUCUGUUCAAGUGAAAAUGGAACAUCCUGGUGAUCUGCUACAAGAUGAUGUUAUUUCAAAGUUCAGUUACAGUGAUGAUGAGGAUCAGGAUAAUUCACACUAUAAUGUUAUGAAUGUGAAAACAGAAACUGAAUAUCAAAGAGAUUUUGAAUCUGGUUUAGAAAGAACAUCUGAUAUAAAGACCAGUGUGAACAUCUAUUGUGGAAGUCAGUCUACUGAUUACGUUAUAAAACAAGAAGAUCACUUUACAGAAGACUUAAAAUCCCCAAACAAUAUUAGUGGAGAAACAAAGUUAAGUGGAAAUAACCUAACAACAUUUAAUAUACAUCAGUGUGAUGAUACAUUAUACAGUUGUGGAAAACCAUUUGAUAACCUAAAACAACAAAAGAGGAUGCACUCAGGAGAGAAACCAUAUCACUGUACAGUUUGUGGAAAACAGUUUGGUACAAGUAGUACCUUAAAAAUACAUCAAAGAAUACACACUGGGGAGAAACCUUACAGUUGUGUAGUGUGUGAAAAACAGUUUGGUACAAAUAGUCACUUAAGACGACAUCAAAGAAUACACACUGGUGACAAACCUUAUUGUUGUACAGUGUGUGGAAAAUACUUUGUUACAAAUAAUAGCUUAAAAACGCAUCAAAGAACACACACUGGGGAGAAACCUUACAGUUGUACAGUGUGUGGAAAAAAGUUUGUAACAAAUGGUGAUUUAACAAAACAUCACAGAAUACACACUGGGGAGAAACCUUACAAAUGUGCAGUGUGUGGAAAAAAGUUUGUAACAAAUGGUGAUUUAACAAAACAUCACAGAAUACACACUGGGGAGAAACCUUACAAAUGUGCAGUGUGUGGAAAAAAGUUUGUAACAAAUGGUGAU